AUGCAGCCAUCACUGUCGUCUCUGCCAUCGUCUCCGGUAGAUCCUCUGGACUGGGAGAGGGUAAUCGGCCCGUCGUGCUGCGUGUGCGGGCAGGCGUACAUUCCAGCAGCCGAGGUCGACGACGAGCACAUCACCGGCGGCGGCGGCGGCGGCGGCGGCGGCGGCGGCGGCAACGGCAGAAAGCACAGCAGCCCUUCGUCGCGACAACGAGGCGGCGGCGGGGCAAGGAACGGGGAGGAGAGCUACGUGGUGCUGCCGGACUCGAAGCCCGUGCUCUCCGAGGACUACUUCACCCUCGCUCGAAAUCAACGCCAUGCCGGCGGCGGUGUUGCCGCUGCUGUGGCAUCAUCGUCUCUAGCGGGAGGCGCGAGACUAGCCGGCGCUCGGUCGCAGCAGGCGUCCGGCCCUGGCAUCGGGAGAAGCGUCGGCGGUGGUUCGUCGCUGCCCCCGGGGUCCGAGCUCCUCGAGUCCGGGUUCUCGGCGUACGACGGCUCGGUAGUAGGGUUUGGAGGCGGAUGGACGGGAUCGGGAUUCGGGGCGGGGUCGUCCAUGCUCGACAGCAUCGUCCAGAUCUCCCACGCUGGGCUCAGCGACAACGUCCGGCGGGAGUCCCUGCUGUACGACAUGUCCCAGCGGCCCGCGCGACGGUUUCGGGCUGGAGAGCAGAAGCUUCCAGCUAGCAAGGACGGCGCUUCCGCGGCUCAAGUCGACGGCGGCGAUGAUGAAAGAGGCGGCCGUUUGUCCCAGCGGCAACCGGCGGACAGCGAAGAAGCAGAGGGGCAGGAGGAGUCCGACGACCCGACGCUCUGCUGCCACUGCUACGCGUCGCUGCUGGAGCAAAUAGACGAGGACAGCCGCCUGGCCGACCGGGAGGCCCUGGCGUACCGGGACUUCGUCGAGACCCUCAGCGGCAUCAUCAUCUCGGAAGAUAACGGCCUCGAGUCGGCCGGGCCCACCGCUCCCGGCAGAAGAAGAAAGGCUGAAGGCUUUCCAGCAGCAGCAGCAGCAGCAGCAGCAGCAGCAGCAGUACAUCGCUCUCCUCCCGCUACGACACCACCAGGAGAAGGCGCGGCGGACUCGACGCGGCGCGAGGGUUCCGACAGACAGGAACACGCUAGGAAGGAACGGGGGCGGAGCCUGAGCAGCGGAACUAGCCCCGCGUCCUCCGCUUUAGCUCCUUCUCCGGGCACCGUCAACGUGCAGCAGCAGCAGCAGCAGCAGCAGCAACAACAGGACGAAGAUGACGAUGGAAGCGCGGCUGGGCCGGCGGCGUCGCCGUUCGCGCAGGCGCUGCGGAUGGCCCAGGAGACGAGCGUGCAACUGAGGAGGGAGCUGAGGUCCCUGGAGACGCAGAGGGGGGCGCUCUGCGCGCGGGGGUCCGAGGCGUGGGCGGCGCUGUCGGAGCUGGCGUACGCGCGGGGCGUGCUCGAGGACGAGUGCAGGGAGCUGUUGCAGGCCUCCAGAGAGGUGGCUGAAAACGCGGCGCAUCUGUCGGAGCGAUCGGCUCUCAGCGAGCUGUUCUCGAUCCGGCACGUGGACGGGUUUCCGUCGAUAAACGGUUUCCGGCUGGGUAGAGCUCCCGACGACAAGCGGCGGCUGCACUGGAACGAGAUCAACGCGGCGUGGGGAGAGGCUGUCCUCCUGGUUCGCUGCGUGUCGAACGCGGUAGACUUUCGCUCCAAGCGGUUCCGGCUGGUGCCAUUGAACUGCACUUCCAGGGUGAUCGAGCUGGCGAGCGGAGACAACAGCGGCGGCCGGUCGCAGGAGGACGGGGUGGGUCGGCGAGGGCAUGGCCCCGAACCCACCGCCGCUACCUCGGUAGUGGUCGUGUGCGCGCACGACCUCUUUUCCACCGGCGGCGGCGGCGGGAGGGGCGGCGGCCGCAGCGGCAGCGGGGAAGAGAACCUCCGGCACCUCGCCGCCGUCCGAGCCUUCCUCGCGUGCUCGGCGGAGGUGAUGGCGUUCCUGGAGAGGCGGGUCCUUGAGCGGCGGCUGGAGGGCGAGGUGUCCGCCGGGGCCGCCUGCGUGGCGUGGUCGGACGUCGGGGUGCCGUACAAGCAGACGGAGGACGCCGUCGGCGGGGUUUCCAUAGGCGCGCUUAAGGGCCAGGGGUCCUGGAAGCCGUGGCUGUGCCAGCUGGUGAAGAAUUUGGAGUGGGCGGUGGGCGCCGCGUCCUCCCUCUGCGUGGCGUAGGUUACUGGAAAUGCCGCCUUCACUAUUUACCGCGCCGCACGCAUCAUGGAUUGUCUGUCUCACGCACUACACCCCGAAAAUCUCCGUUCUUCAAGAUUAUUUUCCCCCGAGCUACCGGGAACCAGAUGCUUGUCGCAGUCUGGGUGGUGGCGGUAGUGGUGUGGCUGGUACCUUGCACUGCUGCUUGUACGCAUGUAAAUAUAGCUUGCCGUGGACCAAGGCUGCUUCCCGAAUUGGAUUUUGAUUUGUCGACGACAGGUGAGCCGUAAGGCUUAAUGCGGGGAUGGUCACGCGCGGUGCACCACUAAGAAGCAACGGCGUGCAAUCUCAAUAGGGUUUCUGUCGCAUGUCCAAAAAAAAAAAUCAAGUUUGGGUUUCUUAGCCGCAGCAGAAACCUUAGCUUGCUGUUUCGGGAUGUGAUUUUUGGGAAAACAGCCGAGAGAUGGAGACACGCUCCCUAUCCCCGGCGCCUGGCCGUUUGGUGUGAUGUUGUAUUUGUUGGAUGUGUUGUUUGUGCAAGUUCAACGUGUGUGAGAAAGAGGAACGAUCAAAAUAGCGAUUGGAUGUACAUAAGUGCAACCAAAGCAUGCCGAGAAGCCCGCGUGUGGCGUCCAAAGUGAAGUUUUUCGUCUUCGGUUUGUCUCAGGGGAUGUAAAGCAGGGAAAGUUGUAUGGGGGAACGGCAGGUGGGAAGAAUGAAUGCUACGGUACGGGGUCUCUUGUGCGGCGUUCGGCGGAAUUCGGUUGGAGGUAUGAUCCGUUCGGGCAAAU